AAAUAAGAAUAAAAAGGAGGACUUGACAACAAAUACGACAUAAACUUGGAUCCACGUAGUAUCAUUUUGGCAUCAUAAAACCGCCGUUCCCCGCCGCAAAUUUACUUAAACGCCACCGGCCACCAGAAGCUACUUUUACCGAGUUUUGGUUGUGUAUGAGGUACAGUUACACAGUACAUCCAUAGUUAGUUGCUUAUGUUUUCGUUGUGUUAAAGUGAUUUGUGACAUAAAAUGGAUUCGGAAUCUGCUAAGACAUCCCCUCCUGUUAAAGACUCGAAUCUACAAAGCACUGCUGCUGUGGAUACUGGACAUGAUUCGACACAAGGUUCACCAUCAAAGCUGUCUGCUUCUGGCAUAGCCACAUGGGCUAAGAGUCUGAAACUUCCCCAACCUAUGGGAGGCUCACAAGAUGAAUCUGCAUCUGAAAAUGGCGCGAGGUCGCCCUUUGCUCGUUUGACUAGUGGACUUGGGUUGCGGUUGUCCCCAAAGACUCCUAAACAAGAUGAUAGUCCUGAAGGAACUCCAAUGGCGCCACAAACCGGCAUUAUUGGAACACUGACUAAAGGUUUUGUAGACACGUCUAAAAAUGCAGUGAAGGCUGUUCAGGUCAAAGCGCGCCAUGUUGUCUCACAAAAUAAACGAAGAUAUCAGGAUGGGGGAUUUGAUCUAGAUAUGACAUACAUCACUGAGAAUAUAAUUGCUAUGGGAUUUCCUGCUGGUGAUAUGAGCUCUGGUUUCUUCGGAUAUGUUGAGGGAUUUUAUCGUAACCAUAUGGAGGAGGUUAUAAGGUUCUUUGAAACCUAUCACAAGGAUAAGUACAAGGUGUACAAUCUCUGCUCUGAGAGACUCUAUGAUGCAUCACUGUUUGAAGGGAAGGUUGCUAGUUUUCCGUUUGACGAUCAUAAUUGUCCUCCAAUUCAACUCAUAAUAUCAUUUUGCCAGAGUGCAUACUCAUGGUUAAAAGAGGACAUUGAAAAUGUUGUGGUUGUGCACUGUAAAGCCGGAAUGGCAAGAACAGGCUUAAUGAUUUCAAGUCUUCUUUUAUAUUUGAAGUUUUUUCCCACAGCCGAGGAGUCCAUAUCAUACUAUAACCAAAAAAGAUGCGUUGAUGCUAAAGGACUUGUUCUCCCUAGUCAAAUAAGAUAUGUCAAGUAUUUUGAACGUGUUCUGACAUACUUUAAUGGAGAAGAUCAGCCUGGCAGAAGAUGUAUGCUUAGAGGAAUUCGCCUUCAUAGAUGCCCGCAUUGGAUUAGACCCUCUAUUACUGUCUCAGAUCAUAAUGGUGUUCUAUUUUCAACCAAAAAGCAUCCCAGAACCAAAGAUCUAUCCCCUGAAGAUUUUUGGUUUUCUACACCAAGAAAGGGUGUAAUGGUCUUUGCUCUCCCUGGAGAGCCUGGUUUGACCGAGUUAUCUGGAGAUUUUAAAAUUCUUUUUCAUUACCGUCAAGGAGACUUCUAUUGCUGGUUGAACACAACAAUGAUAGAGAAUAGGAAGAUUUUAACUACAAACGAUCUUGAUGGGUUUGACAAGAGGAAAUUGCUCUCUCCCGGGUUUCAAGUAGAGGUUGUGGUUGUGGACUAUGACAGUGUUGUUCAACCAAAACCCCAACCUGAAAAUACCAUCAAACCGGCUGAGGGGACAAGUGAUAAUGCUCCAGUACCCAUCUCCUCGGAAGCCACCACUACGACCUUACCGAAAGACUCCAAAAGUAGUGACAAAGAUGACGAGGUAUUUUCUGACACGGAGUCCGAAGCAAAAACCGAGACUGCCUCUGAAACAAAUUCUACUUCUGGGAAAAUAGCAAGUAUAACAAAUGACACCAAAAAUCUCUCCCUUGGAAACUUGGGUUCCACCCAAAUAAAUCCAAACAGGGGGUCUCAAAAUGAUAGUGCUGUACCUGGAAACCCAAUUGGGGAGGUUAGUGAUUUUAAGGCAAUGGCAGCUGAUACAUCUGUAUUUACAUUUGGAGAUGAUGAAGAUUAUGAAAGUGAUUGAGAACGGGCGAAUCGGGAGUCAGUCUUUUCCUGUACAUAAAAUAGACCACAGAAAACUUAAGUUGUUAUUUCAUUCAUUCUGCAAGUUUGGAUCGUAAUGUUUGAUGAAUGUUACAAGGGCGGUUUGAUUCGACUGUGUGUAUGUUCUUGUAAGAUAUCAGAAAGGUGUUGAAUAAUUGCGAAUAGAAUUGAUGAUAUAAGCUUGUUUUGAGGGUUCACCAUUUGUAACAAAGUUUGCUAAUUGUCGACUUGAAUCCAAUUUUUUUUUUUUUUUUUUCUCC